UCAAAUUAGAGUUGUUUGUCGGCAGUUGCGUGUCAUUUUGCGAUUUUCGAAUCGAUCCCGGUACUAGGAUGAGCCAAGAGCUCCGAUGGAUCCAGUCGGUACCACUUUCGUUUAAAACCGCAACAUGGAAAGUCACGAAUUAGACCAUGGUACGAUUGCUGGAAUUUUAAAAACUAUUUUUUUGUUCUUAGAAGGUCAAAAUUUAAAUAAAACCUGCGAAACUUUUCUUUUGGAAACUGAACAGUUGGGAUAUCCACCAAUUCGUACCGCAAUUGCUCAAAUUUUAAUACUAAAACCAGCAGUAACAGAAACAGUGACGGUAACAAGAGCACCGGCAGAUGUAGAUUUAAUUUGUCAUUGUGAUGAAGAAACCGAAAGUGAUCAAAAAGACACACAAAUUAAUCUUAUAAACGAAACAAACGAUCAAAAUGAAGAACAAAAUCACGACAAAAAUGAAGAACAAAAUCACGACAAAAAUGAAGAACAAAACCACGACAAAAAUGAAGAACAAAACUACAACGAAAAUGACAAAAAAGAAUCCGAAAAUAAAUUGGCAAUGGCAAAACCUUCAGUAACUUUUUCAUCGGAGAAAAAUCCUUAUCAGAAUCCACCAAAAGAGGAUGAAAGAAAUCAAAAGAACGAGCAUCAACAAAAAGAUAAUAAACAAGACCCAAAGUCAAAUCAAAAUAUGUUGUUGAAAGAUAGAGUUAUUAAUGCCGUCGAUUCCAAGGAAACCGAAAUGAAAUCGAUAUCCGAUAUAAUAUUUAUUGAGAACAGUAUCGAUUGUGAUAUCGACGAAGAAAUCGAAUUUAUACCAGAGCUUAAAGGCAAGACUCCAAAAUCGGAAAAUGUUGAUUCGGAUACUUUUAACUUUAGAAAGUUUCAAAAAGAAAUUAAUCAGGUGGCGUCGGACAAAUAUGAUAACGCAAGUCAAAAAGACGAAUCAUUACAAAUUAAUUCCAUUGAUUUUGGUGAAAUUAGCGAAAAAAGUAAAAUAAAUGGAGUUCAAAUCGACGCUUCUGUUGGUACUAAUAACCCAGAGGAAUUUCCACUUCAACAUAUACAUUUUGAUUAUAAACGGAUUAAAUAUGAUUUAAAAACGCACAAUGAUGAGUUUAAAUUGAUGGUGUUACAAGCAGUUCGAUGGCAAAUUACCAAAACAUCACCGGAAGAUCGAAAUAAAACAAUAGUGAACCUAGCAAAAUCCGAUUUAUUAGGUUUACAUGGAAAUUUAAACAUAAACGAAGGCAAGGACAACGAAUUAUCCUUAGUCAAAUUAUAUUUAUUAUCAGAAAAUUCCCCCAAUCUUUUACAAGAGGGUAUAGCUAGAUUGUUAAACGCAAUAUCUUCAUGUACUCUAGGUAGAGAUUAUCUAUGUCAAGAUGACCGAACAAUAAGAUUUUCCAUAAUACCAUUAGUUUGCGGUAGAAAUUCUCAAACAAAUUCAAUUGGAAUAAGCGAGACAACUAAAGAACAUUUAUUAGUAACAUUGCAAAAAUUAAGUUUAAGAAGUAAAAUGCGACUCGUUAUGAUUGAAAGUGGUCUUCCAGAGUAUUUAGUUGAAUUUUUGAGUAAUAAACACGAUGCAUUAAGUGAUUACUGUUUAGAAUAUUGUUGCGCGUUAUUUAUGAAUCUAUGCUUACAUAAAGAAACACAUUUUGGAAUGAAAAAUAUUUCAAAUUACCUUUUAGAUAUGUUAAUAAAAAUAUUAACUAAUCAUGAACAUUGUAUUCCCUACCUUAAUGGGGCAAUGUACAGUUUAUUUAACGACGAAGCUUUAAAAGAACAAGCAAAAAAAAGUCACCUUCAUGCUGUCCUCUUGGAUCAAAUCAAACACUUUAGUAACAACUGCGACAUUCAACAACAAUUAGAGUUGAUUGUUAAAGAAAUAGAAGGUAAAUUAGUAGUGAUGGCUGGUGCCUGUGACAUUGAUUGCCAAAUUCAUGAAGAUGUUGAAAUUGAUUAUAUCGAACCGGAAAUUGAUAUUGAUGAUCCGUUGAGUGAGAACGUAAAUGGAACGGAUUUGCGAGCUUAUGAGAAACAACGAGGGCAACCGGAAGCUUCUUCCUUUGCUUGUUUGUGUCAACCGGUGAUGCCGUUCAAAAAAAUUACAAUCAAAUCAUUUUGUACUGCACAAGAAGACGACGAUUUAUCAGGUUAUAUUGGAGAGAGUUUAGAUGCUAUUUUAUCAACGGUUGCAGAAAUUGAUAAAGAAAUUGCUGCAAACUCAACUAAAAAUGUGAUCCUUAAAGAUUCUCAUGAGCAAACGGACCAAAAAGAAUUAAAAAACCAAAAUGUUUCCGCUCGAGUUGAAUCGGCAAAUAAAUCAACUCAAAAUAAAAAAGAUAAGUAUCGGGAUAGAUACGAUCCUUCUCCGCCCAUUAUUUAUGAUCCAAUUCAUUGUGCUUGUGUUAAUAAACGCGACUGCCUAAAGCAAAAGCGAAGAGGAAGUAGUCUAAAGACGGAAAAACUUCCUGGUAAUAAAACGUAUAAUUGCAAUUGUAUUUCACAGAUGCAAAAAUUUGUUGAAAAUCAUUGUGGAAAUUGUGAUUGUCCCGCGAAUUGUAAAACUGUAAAACGAAAUUCACAACAAAGCCAUCCAAAAACCAUUUAUCAAAGUGACUAUUAAUCGUGUUUUUAGUUCACGAAAAAACCGAGAUGAAGAUUUAUUUCGGUCCGCUGUUGAAUUGAUCGCCAUGAAUUGUUGUA